ACCGCGUGUUAAUGUAACCAGCGCGGGCGGAUACAUUGUGUCCCGUUUAUUGAGAUCCUGCCGCCGCCGCCGCCGAGCUGGGCUGUGUGUCCUGCGGAGUUUUCUUAUUACGUGCCGGUUUUGUCUCCAUGGAAGAAAAAUCGUUGCGAUAAUUUUGGGGAGGGGGGAGGAGAAGGUCUCGCCUUCUCCCCACCCCCGCCUGGAUGGUUCCUCGAGGGAUCUUGCAAAGAAGAACUUUGGCCCGGGGUUGAGCAAGAGAGAAAGAAAAGCAGCGGAAGGGAAACCAGAGGCCGCCGCGAGAAGUCCGCCCGGGAUGCUUCUGCUCCAAAUGGGGGGUUUCGUUUCGGGAUUCUAACGGGGGGAUCCUGGUCGAGGCGCUGCCGGGCCUAAGAAGACAGCCUCGGCACGACUCCGAGGGAGAAGCGGCUCUUGAUUUGGAGACCGACUGCGGUGGGAAGAGUGGGUACCAGGAGGGAGAAGAGCGGCUGAAGUGUGGGGGGUGGGCUGUUUUUUCCGUGUAACUCUCAGGACUCUUUCUUCAGUCCGGCUCCUGUCUCGUAACCCUCCCUCUCCCUCGAUUUCCUUCCUCGAGUCCCGCGCCCGAUCUGGCCUGAAUCGUUCUCCCGAGGCGAGGAGAGCGCGGCCUUUCGCAGGGGCGCUCCUCGGCUCUAGCCCCGCACCCCGAUCGUCGGAAAAGAGCCCCCUUGACUUGUUUGGAUUUUCUCCUCCGAUCGACUCCAAAGCCACCGAUCUUUCGGGUGGUUGGUUGGUUGUUUUGUUUGUUGGGUCUUUACUAAGUGCGUUUGGCGGCCGAGGAAAGGAAGGUUGUUAUUUCCUGGAAGAAGAAAAAAAAAAAAAAAAAAAAGAAACCCCCCCCCUCCAGGAAGCCCAAGGAGCGGCGACAACAACAACAACGGCGAGGCGAGGAAGGACCCAUCCCGGACUGGCCAUCUCUUGCGCUUGCUCGGGCAGAUCCCCGGUGACUUUUCCUUUCCUCGCUCUCUCGAGCUAACAACAAAGGAAGCGGCUGGGCUGGGGCUGGAGGGAAGCCGCGUGGGGGUGGGGGUGGGGGGAGGAUGAGCUUGCAGCUGAGCCAAGAAGCGGAGUAAGCGCCCUUCCCCGCUUUCCUCCCACCUGGCGUUUGCUCUGGAGCUUCCGCGGAAUCUAAAGUUCAGGGGGUCGAGGCGAGGCGAGACCUGCGAAGGAGGAAAGCGGCGGCCAGAGCCAUGUUUCCUCAGAGCCGGCAUCCCGUAAGUGGCCUUCCCACGCCACACCAAGCUGCAGGACAGCCCUUCAAAUUCACAAUCCCGGAGUCUCUAGACCGAAUCAAAGAGGAGUUCCAGUUUCUCCAAGCUCAGUAUCACAGCCUUAAGUUGGAAUGUGAGAAGCUUGCAAGUGAAAAGACAGAAAUGCAAAGGCACUACGUUAUGUAUUAUGAAAUGUCAUAUGGAUUAAAUAUUGAAAUGCACAAACAGACUGAAAUUGCCAAGAGAUUGAAUACAAUCUGUGCACAAGUCAUCCCAUUUUUGUCUCAAGAACAUCAACAACAAGUGGCUCAAGCAGUGGAACGUGCCAAACAAGUGACCAUGGCUGAGCUGAAUGCCAUCAUCGGGGUACGUGGCCUUCCAGGUCUACCUCCUACAGACCUGGUAAUGCUAUCAGCUCUUGAGAGUUGCAGCUUGGCUGAAGUCAUAAUGCAGAGACCCAUGCUUACAAAUCAACAGCAGUUGCAGGCUCAGCAUCUCUCUCACGGCCAUGGACCUCCAGUGCCUCUUACUCCACACCCAUCAGGACUUCAGCCUCCUGGGAUCCCUCCACUUGGAAGCAGUGCUGGCCUUCUUGCCCUCUCAAGCGCGCUGGGUGGGCAAUCUCACUUGGCAAUAAAAGAUGACAAGAAGCAUCAUGAUACAGACCACCACAGAGACAGAGAUCCAGGCACAAGUAAUUCACUCUUGGUCCCAGAGAGUCUGAGGAACACUGAUAAACGAAGGAAUGGACCGGAGUAUUCCAAUGACAUGAAGAAAAGAAAAGUGGAUGAUAAGGACUCAAGCCAUUAUGACAGCGAUGGAGAUAAAAGUGAUGACAACUUAGUUGUGGAUGUGUCUAAUGAGGACCCUUCGUCUCCCCGAGCAAGUCCUGCUCACUCCCCACGAGAGAACGGCAUAGACAAAACCCGUAUCUUGAAGAAAGAUGCCUCUAGUAGCCCAGCAUCUACUGCCUCAUCAGGAAGUUCUGCUUCCAUGAAAUCCAAAGAAAUAGGUUUGCAUGAAAAGGCUAGCACACCAGUCCUUAAAUCCAGCACACCAACUCCACGAAGUGAUGUACCGACUCCAGGAACUAGUGCUACACCAGGUCUCCGUCCCGGUCUUGCUAAACCUCCAACCAUGGACCCUUUGGUUAACCAAGCUGCUGCUGGCUUGAGGACACCUCUGGCUGUACCAGGUCCUUACCCUGCUCCAUUUGGAAUGGUACCCCAUGCUGGCAUGAAUGGAGACCUGACCAGUCCAGGAGCUGCCUAUGCUAGUCUCCACAACAUGUCCCCGCAAAUGAGUGCUGCCGCAGCCGCAGCUGCUGUAGUUGCUUAUGGACGCUCCCCUAUGGUUGGGUUUGAUCCUCCCCCUCAUAUGAGAGUACCUGGAAUCCCUCCCAAUUUGGCUGGAAUCCCUGGUGGAAAACCAGCAUAUUCGUUUCACGUUACUGCAGAUGGUCAGAUGCAGCCAGUUCCUUUCCCUCCAGAUGCUCUCAUUGGACCGGGAAUACCUCGGCAUGCUCGCCAGAUCAAUACCUUGAACCAUGGGGAAGUGGUGUGUGCUGUUACCAUAAGCAAUCCAACAAGACAUGUGUAUACUGGUGGAAAAGGCUGUGUCAAAGUCUGGGAUAUCAGCCAACCUGGCAAUAAGAGUCCUGUUUCUCAACUGGACUGUCUGAAUAGAGAUAACUACAUUCGGUCUUGUAAGCUACUACCCGAUGGAUGCACCCUGAUCGUUGGUGGGGAAGCCAGCACGUUAUCCAUUUGGGACCUGGCAGCGCCCACUCCACGUAUAAAAGCAGAGUUGACAUCUUCGGCUCCUGCCUGCUAUGCUCUAGCAAUCAGCCCUGAUUCCAAGGUGUGCUUCUCCUGCUGUAGCGAUGGGAACAUUGCAGUAUGGGACCUACACAAUCAGACCCUGGUCAGGCAAUUCCAGGGCCACACAGAUGGAGCCAGCUGUAUUGACAUUUCUAAUGAUGGUACCAAGCUCUGGACGGGAGGCCUGGACAACACUGUCAGAUCCUGGGACUUGAGAGAAGGAAGGCAGCUCCAGCAGCAUGACUUCACAUCCCAGAUAUUUUCCCUUGGCUAUUGUCCCACUGGUGAAUGGCUGGCUGUGGGAAUGGAAAGCAGUAAUGUGGAAGUACUGCAUGUAAAUAAGCCAGACAAAUACCAGCUUCAUCUGCAUGAAAGCUGUGUGCUAUCACUCAAGUUUGCAUACUGUGGCAAAUGGUUUGUAAGUACCGGGAAAGAUAAUCUCCUAAAUGCCUGGAGGACCCCAUAUGGUGCCAGUAUAUUCCAGUCCAAAGAGUCAUCUUCUGUGCUCAGCUGUGAUAUCUCUGUUGAUGAUAAAUACAUAGUUACUGGAUCUGGAGACAAGAAGGCUACCGUCUAUGAAGUUAUCUACUGAGAAAUUGUGUUGGAAACUUAAAAAGAGUUGAACUGGGCCAAAAUGAUUUUAAACUGUAGAUGUAGAAGGACUCUACUUUUUUAAAAUGAUGAAACGAAGAACUUGGUUCCCACAUCUUCCCAUGACGCUCCUCAACAUCUAGCAAGAAGGACUAAUGUAGCAUAGCUUUAAUGGAUUUAAACAGCAGAGUCUGUUGCAGCCUUUUGGGCCCCUCCUUUAUGACAUCAUAGAAUCAUGCUCAUUGCUUGACGAUGUGGGAUGACGUUUCAGCACUUGCGGUUCCACCUGCAUUCUGUCUUGUGUAGAACAGUGGUAUCUUGGAUAAACUUGUUUCCUGGUUUUUGCCUCUUGGGAUAUGGGUUUUUGUAUGUUUUGUUGAAGAUCAAACAUUUGUACAAAUUGUAAAUAUAUUUGGUUUAUUACAGUAAAGGCUUUAGUAUCAAUAAA